UUGGGGUGGCCACAUAUUUGUUAUCGAAAAAACGUAAACAAAUUAAAAUUCCGAAACAUUGUUUACUUUUGUCAAUGAAAAAUGUGCUCAAAUAAGAAACCUGCAGAGCCCAUCUAUGUAAUCCUUGGCUCCGGCGGCCACACAGCCGAGAUGUGUAAAAUCAAUCAGGCACUAAUGCAACAUGAUGAGCUUAAGCAAUACCAAAAUAUACGUUACAUUGUGGCUAACAGCGACGAGACUUCGCAGAAGAAAAUGCGCUCCGCUCUGCCCGCUUUAAAGGACAGCGACUUUAUACGUGUGCCGCGCAGCCGUAGCGUUGGCCAAAGUUGGCUGACCAGCAUAUUUACAACAUUGUGGGCAUUGCUCUGGAGCUGCUGGCUCAUUUGGCGCGAUCGUCCCCAGCUCGUGCUCUGCAAUGGGCCCGGCACCUGUGUACCUUAUUGCUAUGCGGCUUAUCUAUGGCGCUUGCUUGGCCGUCUGCCCGGCCACAGCAAGAUCGUGUUUGUGGAAAGCUAUUGCCGGGUCGAGACGCUCUCGCUAAGCGGUCGGCUUCUAUUGCCUCUAGUGGACAUGUUCGUUGUCCACUGGCCAGCGUUAGCAACGCGCUACGGCCACAAGCCGAACUUGCGUUAUUUUGGAAGAAUUUUAUAAGAAAACGAAAGCAAAGCAAAUCAAAUCACAAAAUAAAACUCUAUUGAC